CUUUUUAUUAAUAAUACCACCUCCGUCCCCCUUUGCGGUCGUAUACUUUGCUUAGCAAUCACUUGAUUUUUAAUUCAGUUUUCGACUUUAAAGCGAGCACAUUUCCGUUUUUGUCGUUCACAAAAUUUCAAAUUUGUCCGCUGUGUUUUUUGUUUUAUAUAUUAUCAAAAAUUAUUUUUUUCGAGCAAAUAAACAAUCAAAAUUAAAUCGCACUCGUGUUUUUGUGUAACCAAACAGAGAAAAACGGUUACUCUGUACCCAACCAUUUAAUAGUUCUGCAGUUCUGAAAACUAAUCUGAAACUUCAUUCCGAUGUGCGACCCGACUGCCAACCAAUGCCCGACCGGUAACGGUUGUGCAGGUGAUGGGAUCAUGGCUUGCGAUCAGUACUGCCCGCCCAAGUGUGAUCCCUGCCAGGCACCGGUCGAUUAUACACCGUGUCCGCCAGGGGGCGACUGUAAUUGCCGCUGCGAUUGCGGCGAUUAUGCGGGCUGUUGCUAUCAACAGCCGGCACGUACCCAACCCAUCCGACCGAUGUCGUGCAUUAUGCGCUCGACUGCGCCACUUGAAACGGAUACAAUAUACAAACGUUCAUAUUUCGGCAACUGUGGCGACUGUUAUCGCGCGAAACCAAUACGACCAUGUCCGAAUAUAUUAUCCAAUACCGGUCGUAUGGAGUCGUGUACGGUGCAGAAGCUGUCAUACCUGCCACCUUGUGGAGCUGGGCGUGCCGCACCGAUUCGGCCACCGGACAAUGGCUUGCGAUUUUGUGGCCCACUCUAUGCGAUGACUUCACAGAAACAUGACUUUGUACCGAAAGGUUAUAGCAAACGUACACCCAUACGUCCAGUGAACGGCAUAUGCAAGCCAUGUGACCCAUUGGAGCGAUGCACAAUCAAUAGAUUAUCUUACAUGCCGGUGGACGUAUGCCGGAAUCCUCCGCCCAAGCCAAUAGUGCAGACAUACAACAUACAACGUCCGACCGGUCCUAGUGAAAAAUGUACCGUACAGAAAUUAAGUUAUCUACCAGUUUGUCCGUUACCAAAGGAGCCGAUGCCGUGGGCAGAAAAGGUGCGUUGUGUGCCACCACGUUACGAAAAUCUCUGUACGACGUAUAAUCUUAGCUACUUGCCAAAUUGCUGUACGACACGCACAGCUCCUGUGGUACCAUUGCACAGUAUAAAAACUUUGGGUAGCGAUCGCACCGACGGUUGUACAGUCUACAAACUCAGCUAUAUGCCAGUUGAUUCACGCUGCUGUCGCCCAGAACCGAUACGCCCCCUACCGGGUAUAUGUAUGCCAACGGGGUCUCUGGAGAAAUGCACUGUACACAAGCUCUCAUACCAGCCUAAUUGUUGCGUAGCACGUACCCAGCCCAUUCGACCCAAGGAGAACUGCCUGAAGGCUUGUGGCCCUCUCUAUAAUAUGACCACACAGAAGCAUGAUUUUGUACCGAAGCCUAUAUGCCGACGUGCACCCAUACGACCACAAUCGCUUAUUUGUCGCGCCACUGGCAGCAUGGAUCGUUGCACCAUCAACAAACUCUCGUAUAUGCCAGUGAAUGUGUGUGAGUUCAGACGUCCAGAACCGAUUAGACCGCGACCGGGUGUGUGCCGCGCCGAUGGGCCUGUCGAAAACUGUACGGUUUAUAAGCUUAGCUAUUUGCCAAAUUGUCCACAAGCUCGACAGCCAAUGCCAUGGGCGAAUCAAACGUCUUAUUGCAAGCCGACGGCACCAAUCGAGAAAUGUACAAUUCAGAAACUCAGCUAUGGACCACCUGGUACAUUUUCGCGUUGCGGUGGUUGUUGCAAUACGAACUGCGGACCCUCAGCCCCCAAAGCAGGCAUAUGUAAUUGACAGCAAUCUAUUUCUAUUUUGUUAAAAUGUGCAUUCAAUUGACAGCUAUGUUUUAUUUUCUCAUAUCGAAUUAUGUUCUUCGUAAAAUGCCUUAACUGUAACUUAUCAAAUAUAAAAUUAUAUAACAUUUUGCCAUUGCCACAUAGAUCGAUUGUAGCAAGCCGCCAGCCCUCCUUUCACUUGCUGCAAAAAUAGUUAUGUCAACAGCGAAAACCAACAACUUCCCUUAACUGUUUCUAAAUAAUAAAUAGAUACUACCAUAAACACAAACAAUAGAAAGUACUCGAAAUAUUGUAAUUAGCAACUAAAGCAACUAAAACUAACUCGGACAAAGCGAAAAAAUUAAAAAAUAUCAAUUUAAUAUAAACUCUACGACACACGCUUGUUUAAACGACGGAAGAAAUACAUGUAUAAACCAUAUUAUUGUAAUUGAAAAUAGUUGCCAUAAUAAUAAAUGUUUCAUAAUUUUA